AUGCUCGGCUUCACAGUAAUCCUCGCUCUCGUGGGAACAGUCUCCGCUGCAUGCACUGGAUCCACUUGUGAAACAUGCUCGUUCAGUUCGGGAUGCGGAUGGAAUGGCGCUCAGUGUGUGUCGUCCGGUCUUCUGAACCUGAAUUGCGGAAACGCUGGCUGGACUUGCCAUGAUGCCUACGCUUGUCCAGGUACUCCACCCGCCUACAACGAGAGCUUCGCCCGGAAUCAGCUCUGGAGAUUGCAUGCAGCUCAAGCUCAAAAUGUACCCACAGAUAUUGGGUUCAUCGGCUGUAUGGAAGCAGCUGACGCGUCAGCCGUUUUCCUUGGGCGUGUCCAAGUCACAUGCGGAUUCCCGCUUCCCACUGAUUCAUGCACUACGGAUGUUUUCGCAUUGCCCGCCUCAAACGCCAUUGUUGCCACAACUCUCGGAACAGCCGUAAACUCCACACAACUUAUCAACGCACUCAUUGCUCUAACCAUUCCGCUCACCACCAACGGGGUUAUCAUCUAUUGGGAUAACGCUAACUCGUUGUUAUGGCCUGGUGUGGAAACAAUUCUUUCAAGCGCCUUUGCCCCCUCAUCACCUUAUGCAGGAUACAAUCUGGUUCUCUCCGGCCACUCGAUCGGUGCAGCGGUUGCCGUGCUUAUGGCGGGAGAGGCGGCCCAGGCAAGCUGGCUUCCAUCAACUGCCCAAGUGUCGUCGAUCACUUUUGGUGAGCCCCGAAUUGGCAACUAUGCUUUUCUCGACUCGAACUUUGCUGUGGCACCAAAUCAUUUGCGAAUCAUCAAUCAAAACGACGUGAUCACUACUCUUCCCCUCGCGGGACUUGGCGUCUUCCACACUAAGUAUCCGGUUCAAUACAAGAAUGGAAUGACUUCAGCAUUCCUCGGCACUCAAACCAUCUGCAAUACUUAUGAGGAUUCGAAUUGUGCGGCAAACACGUUGAGCGGAAUCCCGGGCCUUUCUCCCGACUAUCACAACGUGUAUUUCGGCACUCCCUCCUAUCCAACAUGGCGUGCCACCAAUUGCUCAUAUGCGGGAAUU